AUCUUAAAUCACGAAUAUUACGUCAAAAGGCAACUGAGGGCAUGGCAAGCACUUCCCAACAACCUCCACCUUAUAGUGUACCGAACCAGCCUCCACAACAUCAAGGACAACAGUAUGUUCACCAGUAUGUUCAACAGAACCCACAUGGAUUCGUUCAAGCACAGCCCCCAAGAGAAGGAUUCAGUGAUAUUUCCGGUGGAUAUGGAUAUAACCAGCCACCCCAUUCACCCCAACCAAUUGUAAACACAUCAUCGACUAGUGUAGUGGUCUCACAACCGCAAUGUGGACCAACAAUAAUUGUUAAUCCUGCUCCAUACAGCUACAUGACACCAGCAGUAUUGACCUGUAUAUUUUGUUGUUGGAUAACUGGGAUUGGAGCUAUCGUUGCGGCAGCUAUGUCCCAAGGUCAAGCCAGUGAAAUGAAGUAUGACGAGGCGAGAAAGUCGGCUACCAUAGCUAAAAUACUUACUCUCGUAACCCUAUGCUGCGGCAUUGGUGGUUAUGUUAUCUGUAUUGCUGUUGCAGUGGCAGGUAGAAGUACAGAUAAUGGAUACUAGGAGUAUUGCUGAUUCAUAAACUCUUUUACAGAUAACAAUAGGACAAGCAAAAUCCAACAUUAAUUAAAUGUGUUGUGUGAUAAAGUUAUUGUACAUAGUUAAAAUUUAAGGCUGGUCUUUUUGCUGGAACCAUUCAUUAUGAAUUAACAUAUCAACCGAUAUUGAUUUAUUUUUUCUAAAGCUGUUUAGCCAGGGUAAAAUUAUUCGAGAUUAGUUACCAACAAAUAAGAGAGUGAGCCAUCCUUGUGAACAUUAUUGCUUUUUUUCAAUUAUCUUAUACAUCACUAAGUGUAAACACCUGAGCUUUAAGGUUACCUGUUUCACGAUAUUUCAGAUUAUAAUUGUUUUCUUGAUUAUCCUAAUCAACAUGCAUGACAUAUCUGACAGAUUAGCCUUUUUGAAGCUUAAUUUUAAACUAAGUAUGCUACAGUUCAGUUUACUAUUUUAACUGGACUAAACUCAAUACAUUGAUAUCUUGCUUUAUUCAUUCUCUGUGUAUUUAAC